AUGAAGCUACCAAUCGCCGUCGCUCUUCUCCUCGUCGCUGUGGCGGUAGCGGCGCGCGUGCCGGCGGCGAGUGCGGCGGGGUGGGUGGAGCUGGAGCUCACGCAGACAGGCACGGCCAGUGAUGCGGCGCUCGCGCAGAGAGCGGCGGGAAUUGCGGUGGAGCAGUACAACGCGCAGACGGUGACAGCGCCGGUAGCAGAACCGCCUGCGGACGGCGGAACCAAGAAGCUUAGACCCUCCAACCUUGCCAUGCAUUCGAACAGCCACAGCAGUGGUGGCAAUGGCUGCACCAAUAGCCGCGGCGGUGGCAGAACCGAUGGGAGCAGUGACGGCAGGGCAGCACUGGUGGCAGCAGUGGUGGCGUUAGCAGUGACAGCUCCUUGUGAUGAAGCCCUGACCCCGUCUCCUCCUUUCCAUCUGUGCCCACCCCAUCCCUCCCCUUCGUGCUCCCCCUCCUGCUCUCCCUCCCCCUCCUCCUGCUCACCCUCCUGCUCCCCCUCCCCCUCCCCCUCCUGCUCCCCCUCCUGCUCUCCCUCCCCCUCCUCCUGCUCACCCUCCUGCUCCCCCUCCCGCUCCCCCUCCUGCUCCCCCUCCUGCUCUCCCUCCCCCUCCCUAUCCUGCUCACCCUCCUGCUCCCCCUCCCCCUCCCCCUCCUGCUCCCCCUCCUGCUCUCCCUCCCCCUCCCUAUCCUGCUCCCCCUCCUGCUCUCUCUCCCCCUCUUCCUCCCUCCAGGGAUCUGCGCUCUCCCUGGCAGCGGUUCAAUCCGCGGAAGUAUUUGUGCCCGCCGACGUGGGGCGGAGGGCCGUCGUUCGCGUGGCUUUCACCGUCGGGGAGCAGGAGGGCGUGCUGCGGAGGCUGCUGCGUGGCCCUAGCAGCACAGUCGCAGUGAAGGCGGAGAUUGCGGGAACCUCGCAUGAACUGCACCGGUAUAAGCUGGAGAGUUUUAGUACUUCUGUUUGA